AUGAGGGCUGAGAUCGCGGCUGGGUGCGAGUUUGUGCUAUUAAUGAGGCCAGGAGGCGACCAAGCCCUGAGGCCCAGGCGUGGCUGCAGGGUAAGCUGGCCAGAGGAAGGGUCCCCGGCGACCGUGUCUCAGAACGGGAAGCCCGAGCCCGAUGGCGCGGCGACUUCCCGCGCGGGGCUGGACCCUGUCACGGAGCAUCCGCCUGAGCCAAUAGAAGCUCGAGAUACGGUUCGCGGCCACCAUGGCGUAUUAGAGGCAGCAGUGCCUGCGGCAGCAUUGGCCCUUGCAGCAGCGGCAGCAGCACCAGGCUCUGCAGCGGCAACCCCCAGCGGCUUAAGCCAUGGCGUGAGUAUCGGGGCCGGGCACCCGGGCUGGGUGGACACGGCUGGGCGCGGCCGCAGGUCGGCGGCGUCGCGCGGGGGACAAGCGGUUUUACGAGCGCCCGCGACGCGAGGCCCCUGUUUGGGUGUCGCCGAGGCGCCGCGUGGGAGGGCCUCCCCCCGGGUCCCCGCUCUCCCGGCACCCCGAAUUCAUCCAGAUCGCCGCGCCGCCGCCCCGAGAAACGUGGCAGCAGCCAAGAUGGCGGCGGGGCGGGGCGGCGUGUCCGGUGUCGCCAUGUCCUCGCGCCGCGACACGCCGUCCAUCUUGAGUGCAACCGGAGCUGGACGCGGCGGCCCGAGUGUCCGCCCCGCGCCCCCAGGAUACCCCCUCCGUGCCCCGCAGGGUCCCCGCCCCGAGUGUCCGCCCUUCGCCCCGCAGGGUCCCCGCCCCGUGCCCCCAGGGUACACCGUCCGUGUCCCGAGUGUCCGCUCCAUCGCCCCGCAGGGUCCUCACCCCGUGCCCCCAGGGUACACCGUCCGUGCUCCGAGUGACCGCUCUAUCGCCCCGCAGGGUGUCCGCCCCGCGCCCUGCAGGGUUCCCGCCCCGUAUCCCCAGGGUCCCCCGUCCGUUCCCCGAGUGUCCGCUCCGUGGCCCGCCUGGUCCCCCCUCCGCGCCCCCGAGCCCCGCACCACAGCCGACAUGAGCUACCUGAGCGGCGAGGGCUUGAUGGGGGACUUGAUGUCCUCCUUCAGCCCGUCGGCUUCGGGGGCUGAAGACAGCCUGGGUCUCUUAGACGACUAUCUGGAGGUGGCCAAGCACUUCAGAGCGAACGAGUUCUCCAGGGACAAGGCGGGCUCCUCCCAAUGGUUGGCUGCGGACGGGUUGGCCGACGCCUCGGGCAAGGAGGAUGCCUUCUCCGGGACAGAUUGGAUGGUGGAGAAAAUCGAUCUGAAGGGGUUUGACUUUGAUUCCUUGUUCAACUUAGAAGAUAUGGAAACCAUGCCAGACGAGCUCUUGGCCACGUUGGACGACACAUGUGAUUUCUUUGAACCCCUAGUCCAGGAGACUAAUAAGGAGCCCCCCCAGGCAGUGAACCCAAUUGGCCAUCUCCCAGAAAGUCUACUACAAACAGACCAGGUUGCCCCCUUCACCUUCCUGCAGCCUCUUCCCCAGACCCCAGAGGUCCUGGUAGCCGCUCCAGACCAUGCCUUUCACUUAGAGCUGGGCAGUGAAGUGGAUAUCUCUGACUCUGAUAGGGACAGGAAGGCAGACACAGCUUCUUAUGUCACCGUCGUCCCCCAGUGCAUAAAGGAAGAGGACACCCCCUCAGAUAAUGACAGUGGCAUCUGCAUGAGCCCUGAGUCCUACCUGGGAUCUCCCCAGCACAGUCCCCCCACCUCAGGCGGCUCCCCAAGCAGGAGCCGGCAGUCUCCAACUGACCUUGGUGGUCCUGCCCGCCCCAAACCCUAUGACCCUCCUGGAGAGAGAACAGUGACAGCAAAAGUAAAGGGAGAGAAAUUGGAUAAAAAGUUAAAAAAAAUGGAGCAGAACAAGACAGCAGCCACUAAAUAUCGCCAGAAAAAGAGGGCAGAGCAAGAGGCCCUCACUGGGGAGUGCAAGGAGCUAGAGAGAAAGAACGAGGCCCUGAAAGAGAAGGCAGAUUCCCUGGCCAAGGAGAUCCAGUAUCUGAAAGACUUGAUAGAGGAGGUCCGCAGAGCCAGGGGGAAGAAAGGCUCCCCUAGUCUGGGGCAGCAGGAGUGUGCUUGUACAUAG